AUGACAAAGAUGACACAAGGAAUCACACUGGUGGCCUUCCACGUAAAGUUCAACGAGGACUUUGACGGUCUGGAAGCUGGACAUAUCGCUAAGGACAUCCUCAAGAUUCGUAACGGACGAUGGACCUACCAGGACCGAAACACCAUGUUGAAGAGGGACGACAUCAUUUAUUAUUGGGUCCACGUUGUGUAUCAGGGACUUGGUUACAACUUGAUUGAUCAGUCACACCGAGUUAUCGAUUUUUACAAUUCCGACGGCACGCUGCACGUCACCGACAGGAUUCAGCAUAAUUGCACGACAAAAUCGGCUACGUGGUUUUUCUCCAAAGAUGGCGUACGACAGCAAGCUUGUCCGCGUGAGCUCUUGUUCGAGGAUAACUUUGACAAUCUUGACAGCACAAAUUGGAAUUUUGAUCGACGUUUCGCUGGCCCGCCGAAUUACGAGUUUGCCUUCUAUAUGACUGAGGAUGUAACAGACGUGAGCGAUGGACAGUUACGCAUCAAGCCGAUCCUAACUAACGACAAAUUCGGCAAGAACUUUGUGACGCAAGGAAGAGUGGUCCUGGAGCGUUGCACAGGCCAGGUUGAUACGGACGAGUGUCAGCGCCAAGCUGCCGGUGCGUACAUCUUGCCGCCUGUGGUCUCUGGACGCUUAAAUACGAAGAGCAAAUUUGAGUUUUUGUUCGGGCGUGUCGAGAUACGAGCUAAGUUACCGCUCGGCGACUGGGUGUAUCCCGGUAAGUUUAUCGCGAACAUUCGUACACGAAUGUCCGCUAUUGCAAAAUUACUACUAAAUAAUCACUGCACUAAUCGUUUCUUUUAUUUAUUUUUUGAAUCCACCUGA